AUGGAUAUUUAUCACCUUUGCAUGGCAAUCUUUGAACUCUUGACUGUUCUAGUCUUGAUUGCCUUGUUUAUUGGCCACAUUGUGCUGAACAGGAGAAAAGGUGAUGCUCUCAGGUCAUUGCCUUUCAAGGCCGUUUUGGCCUCUCUGCUAUCAUUUUCUGGAUCUGGGUUCUGCCUUGGUGUUUACAAUUGCAUGAUCCUCGGCGGUGUCAAGAUGACGGCUAAAUCCGACAUCGCUGCGCUGAUCGCCCAGGCCUUGAUGCUGAUAGCCGUCAACCUAUUGUUCUACACUUUCUUUGAGAUGAUUCACGCCUACGGAGAGCAAUCACUUGUCCAAAUAAAAAUGUGGCCUCGCGUGCGAAUAUUCCAUUGGGUGGUGCUGGGCCUAUUUACGGCACUGUCUAUCGUGGAUUGGUGCUGGGAUCUUUACGCUACCAUCAGCAGAAUACAAUUUAUGCGACGAGAUGGAGACCAAAUCAUACGUCAGGUGUUACAUUCAACCCGGGCUUGGAAUAAUAUUUUAACUGUAAGAUGGAUUAUCUUCUGGGUCGCCUCAUGGGAGAUUCUGGGUGCAUUUAUCUUCAUGGGGAUCCAAGUUUCUACUCGAGCAUCGCAUAUGAGGAUGUCCACGUAUUUCGCAGUGAUCUCGGGAUCCCUUUUCUUCGGCCUGAAUGGCCUUUGGGCAGUUUGGAGUAUCACCGCAUAUCUUCCAACUGUCAUCCCACCAACCACGAUAGCUAUCACUGUCCGUGAGGGUGUCCAGUUUUUCUUCGCGACCGGUACUUACCUUGGAGUUGGCUUGUGUUUCUGGAGGUUCCCAUCGCAGGUUGCCAUUGAACAGGAAGACGACCCUUCUGUCACCCAUACGAGGCUUCUGGGCUCAGUCGAGACAGAUUCCCGCAAAUUUCUCCCAGAGGCCGACUCUUCUAGACAAAUUAUGGAGGCCGAUGCCUCGCAGCCUGUCCUUGAAGCCGAUGGAAGUAAUCCAAUCUUGGAGGCCGAUUCGACAGCUAUGCAUGAGAAGCCAUGA